CUGUGCGACCCUCCAUAGCUUUAUCUUCAGACACUUUUAGACAGAUUACAGCUUUUUGUUGCCAAGCUGUUUCAGAAAUGAGUGUGGCAGUAUUUUUGACAAUUGCACUUCUGACCAUUUACAACGCAUAUUUUGGAGAGAGCCUGUUGGAAGACCCUGUCCCGUUCCCACCAGCCUAUCCCACAGUUGAGAAUAUUCUGGCUCUUUGUUACAAUGGCAACCGUCGCCAUAGAUACCCCGCUCACACCAUCCCAUCAUCCUGGAGCAGCCACUUCCGUCGCCGGGCAACAGCCAUAACCCGUCUAGAGUCCUGGUACCAAUUUUGCUGCAGUGGACCAAUGAUACAGCAGCCUGGUGUACUCCUCUGUUGUACACAACAAGCAUGGAUGCAAGCUCUUUCUCAGUUCUGUGUGGAGGAGUUUUCAACGAUGACUGCUGCUUAUGACUGCUGCAGACUACAGGGCGCCGCUCGGUGGAUAUGCUUCUCCACAGAGCCGUUCAAUCCGAGCUAUAGCCCAACAUUGGAACACAUCACACAAUUCACACCCAACGCUGAAGUCUUUGUCUUUAAAAACAAUGAAUGUUAAUAAUAGUGAGAAAUUUAUGUUUAAACUUUUAUGGAUACUCUGAAUACAUUUUCUCACUAGCAGUCACUUUAUCUUUGAUUACGAGAAA